AUGAUACCAUUAUACCACAAAUUAGAAAAGAAGAUGGAACUCUCACUACUACUGUUGACGAAAAAAAAAAGACAUGAAAUAUGGAAGGCACUUCUACCUGAAAUUGAUCAUGGUCUUGAUAGAGAGUUUGAAAUUGAUGACGAUUCUCGAUGGCCAAAAUUAGAGUUUGAUGAAGUUGACUCUGCAUUGGCUGAUACCCCAAAUGAUAAAGCUCCAGGAGACGAUGGAAUUACUGGCAAAGUUUUAAAGAUGGCAUGGCUAAAUAAAGACUUUAAGGAAAGGUUUUUCAAGCUUCUCCAAGCUUGUGUAAAGUUUGGAUACCACCCAAAAGUCUGGAGACAUGGCAUUAUUGUUGUUAUACCUAAACCUAAGAAACCUGACUAUUCAAAGCCAAGAGCAUACCGACCAAUUUCCUUACUUAAGAUUCCAUCUAAAGUACUGGAAAAAUUAUACAAAAAGAAUGACCAAGCUUACAACACACUUACUUCCACCAGAGCAAUAUGGGGAAGACAAGGUUAUUGUGCUACUGAUGCUGUUUUGGAACUUGUCCAAAGAAUUGAAACUAAAUGGGGUGGAACUCCUUUUGGCUUUAUUGAUGAUGUGACUAUUACCGUUGAAGGUAAAAUUGAAGAAAAUACCAAAAGCUUAAGCAACAUAUUAGAAAAAUGUUGUAAUUGGGCUAAAUCAAGAAUGACCAAAAUUGAUUUGGGUGAUAAAUUGGGUUUUAUUCAUUUUACAAAAAAUGUGAAACCUAAAGAUGAAAAAGUGCAACUUACUUUACCUAAUGGAGAACUUCGUGAACCCCAGAAGAAGGUUAAAUUGCUUGGAAUUACUUUGAACAAUCUGCUUGAUUUUAAAUCUCAUAUUUUGAAUAAAAUCAAUAAAGCAAGAAAAGCUGUUGGUGCUAUUUGGCAUCUUGGAGGCGUGCAAAAAGGUAUGCGAGGGUCUGCAGUCAGAUCACUGUAUAUUGCUUGCGUGAGACCAAUUGUUGAAUAUGGCUUAGAAAUUUGGCAUCAUAAAAUCUUGAAAGGAGAAAUCCACAAGUUGGAAGUAAUGCAGAACAUGGCUUUAAGAAGAAUUGUUGGUGCUUAUCGCACAACUCCUAUUGCGGUACUACAAAAGGAAGCUGGUAUUAUGCCAUAUAGUAUUAGGCUAAAAUUUAUGGAGGCACGAAAAGCUAUUCGUUUACACCUAAAUAUUAGCAAAACUAAUCCUAUUAAUGGUCAUUUGUUAACAUUGAUUGAAAUCUCCAAUUGCAAAGCUAACCACGCUUUACAUAUUGGCGAAAGAUGA